AUUUUGGAGUCGGCGUUCGGGUCAGUCCGCCUCGCUUAGCCUAACGUUGCCAGUCUGUACCGGUGUUGGUCGUGGUUUGUGUCUCAGUUCCUUUUCGACCUUACCAUAGCUUGUUUGUGAUCGUCAGUCGUCCCUUACACCCGCCAAAAUGGACUACGACGAUGUCAGCAGCCACCACAUUACCAAGCGAACCAUUCAACGGACAUACAAUGUGUACCGAGGAACGUCGCCGGCAACGCAGAAUAGGCUUGAGGCCAGAAUUCGUGAGUUGGAAGACAGUUUAGAUUUCGAAAGAGACGCACGCGUUCGGGCAGAAAAGCAGUUUGCCGAGACACUCUUCCAAUAUGAACAGCUCCAGGACCGACUGGAUGAACAAGGAAGCGUUUCCAUACAACAUAUGGAGAUGGCAAAGAAACGUGAGUCCGAGGUCAACAAACUUCGUAAAGAUCUUGAGUUGGCUAUUCUAUCGCACGAGAGCGCCGAACAGAGUCUACGCAAGCGACACAACGAGACUGUGAACGAUCUCACAGACCAGCUGGAGUACGUGUCGAAACAGAAGAACCGCGCCGAGAAGGAGAAGCAGCAACUGAUCAUUGAAAUCGACAGUCUCCAGGUGCAAGUAGACUCGCUCGCCAAGUCCAAGGCGUCGGCCGACAGCAGGAUCGACUCCCUUGAGGCGUCCAACAGAGCCCUCAAGGGCCAGGUUGACGAUCUCACGAGACAGCUCAACGAUAGCAACGGAUCACGCACUCGUCUGACUCAGGAAAAUUUCGACCUUCAGCACCAAGUGCAGGAACUGGACAGCGCCAACCAGGCUCUCGCUAAGGCCAAAUCUCAACUGCAGGCCCAACUAGAUGACUUGAAGCGCGCCCAUGAUGAUGAAUCAAGGCAAAGACAGAAUCUGCAGGUGCAGCUGCAGGGCCUGCACGCCGACUACGACAACCUGAACGCCCGGUUUGAAGAGGAAUCCGAAACCUCCAACACCUUGCGACAACAGCUUUCCAAGGUGAACAGCGAAUAUUCUUCACUCAAAGCCAAGUUUGACAAGCAAAUCAUCGCCCUCCAGGAGGAGCUGGAAGAUAGCAGGCGUAGACUUAACGCUAAGAUUGCCGACCUUGAAGGAGAGAAUGAAACACUCCGCGCUCGAUGCAGCAAUUUGGAAAAGACCAAGAACAAACUGUCCGCCGAAAUCAAGGAACUCACAAUCGAAAUAGAAAAUAUUCAAAUCAUCAUACAAGACCUGACAAAGAGGAACCGCCAGCUGGAGAACGAGAACGCGCUGCUGCAGAAGAAGGUGGACGACCUGACCGCCGAGAACAACGGUCUGCGCGCCGACAAGGCCAACCUGGAGGCCGAGUGUCACCGACUCAAGGUGCUCGUCGCCGAGCUCACCGAGAGGAACGACAACCUCCAGAGGGAGAACAAGAACCUCUCAGAUCAGCUGCGUGAGGCCCAGCACGCUCUGAAGGACGCCAAUCGCGAACUGGCUGACCUCCGCCAGCUCCGUGCCCAGCUCGAGGCUGAGAGAGACUCGCUGGCUGCCGCUCUCAAGGACACCGAGGACGCGCUCCGUGACGCCGAGAACAAACUGGCCAACGCCCAGAACGCGCUGGCCACCCUCCGAACCGAGAUGGAGAACAGACUCAGAGAGAAGGACGAGGAGAUCGAAAAUAUUAAGAGAAGCAGCGCUCGUGUUAUCGAGGAACUGCAACGCACCCUCAUCGAGGUGGAGACUCGCUACAAGUCCGAGAUCAACCGAAUCAGGAAGAAGUACGAGACGGACAUUCGCGAACUCGAGGGUGCUCUUGACAAUGCUAACAAGGCGAACGCAGAAUAUCUUAAACAGAUCAAGUCACUGCAACAGCGUGUCAAGGAACUCGAAGUACUUUUGGAUGAUGAAAGGCGCAAUGCAGAUGACCUCCGUGGUCAGCUCGCCAUAUCUGAACGAAAACGUAUCACCGCCCAGCAAGAGCUUGAAGAUGUCAGAUCCAUGCUGGAAGCAGCUGAAAGAGCACGCAAGAAUGCCGAGAACGAGCUGGCCGAGACGUCAACCCGCCUGACGGAAAUCACCCUCCAGGUGACCAUCCUGACGAACGAGAAGCGUCGUAUGGAGGGCGACAUCGCCGCCAUGCAGUCUGACCUGGACGAGGCGAUCAACGCCCAGCGGGCUUCGGAGGAGCGCGCCGAUCGCCUGCACCAGGAAAUGCUGAGGCUGGCCGAGGAGCUGAGGCAGGAACAGGAGAACUACAAGAACGCAGAUUCCCUGCGCAAACAGCUCGAGAUCGAGAUCCGCGAGAUCACCGUCCGGCUGGAGGAGGCUGAGGCAUUCGCCAUGAGGGAGGGCAAGAGAAUGGUCGCCAAACUGCAAGCCAGGGUCCGUGAUUUGGAAGCUGAGUUGGAGGCAGAACAGCGCCGCGUGCGGGAAGCCAUUGCCAAUCUGCGCAAGGCCGAACGCCAGUACAAGGAAAUUAUUACUCUCGCCGAGGAGGAUCGUCGCAUGGUGGCUGAACUACAGAGCAUCAACGACCAAAUCACCCUCAAAAUGAAGACCUAUAAGAGACAGAUUGAGGAGGCGGAGGAUGUAGCCAACCUCACAAUGAACAAAUACCGCAAAGCUCAGCAAAUCAUUGAGGACGCCGAGCACCGAGCCGACCUUGCUGAAAAGAACCUCGGCGUUGUCCGUAGGUCCCGGUCCAUGUCGGUGACGCGCGAAACCCACAUGAGGGUCGUCAAGAUGUAAACUAUAUAGAUGCUGUUCAUUCUGUCCCCAGUAGACCAUGUCCUUAAUUCUGAAAAAAAAAAAAAUUUAAAAUGUACAUUUACGUUGAUAUUUAUGGCAAAAAGUUGAAUGCGUUAGCAAUAUUUGUGCUACAUGUGUUUGGAUGAAAAACAAGGGGAAAAUAUUUUUUGUCUUUCGUGAGAAAUUCCAAAGAUUCGUCGCCGUAGAAGCCCUUAUUCGGCACAGGAUUUAGAAAGCCGUCGUCAGAAACGGCCACUCCCCUUGAAUUCGUUUCCUCACCAUCAAGCAAACGUCUUCCGCAAGACAAACAGCCAGCCAAUGGGGUCCCAAGUGAGGAACAGGAUGAAGGAAGACUUUGCGGGGGAAAAACUUGAUCAUAGUUAAAAUAGUGAAAACGGCUGAACAUAUUUGCUCUUGUUCAUUGUAAUUAUUUAACAUGUUUUUUUUUCUGUGCAAUAUUUUUUUUUUUUUUUUUUUUUUUUUUUUUUUUUGAAGUAUAAAAAUCAUGUGAUAUUUAUUCAGGUUUUGCUGAAAAAUAAUUUAUGUUGGCCUCAGGAUAUCAUUUUGAGGUAACAGAUAGUUUAUGACGCAAAAGUUAUCGGUUGGACUGUUUAGCUCUUGUCCGCAUGCGCGUGUCACGUUGCGUCGUCUGUCUGUGAAAAAUAUUUGUUCAACGUUGGGAUAUAUGCAUUAUUAUAUUACACGUUGGGAUAUUUGCAUUAUUAUUAUUAUUAUAUUACACGUAGAGAAACAGAAAUUCACGAAGAUUACUGGGAGUACAUUUUCAUCAUUUUAUGAUGCUUUUUUUUCUCUUUUUGUUUUUGUUUUACUUUGACUGACAAAGCGAUUGUAACAUACAUACUUGUUAAAGCUAGUAAUAACAAUAAAAAUAAUUUAAUAAAAACAACGUUGGUUAAUGAGUAACAUGGCAAAGAAUCAUAGCCACUGUAUAACCUGCUUGUUUCUUCUCGACAUGUUUAAUACCGAGCUGAAUGUGUUGAAAGGUAAUAAUUCAUGUUCUGCUAUGGUGUGCCAUGUUCAAUCUGCUAUACUGACUGAAUUCUUUUACAGUGUAAAUGUUAUCCUCGCAUUGUCAAUAAAUUGUCAUUGAAGCUUCGCUAA